CUUGAUUGUGCAUUACAUCCAACCCGCACGACCCUCGACGAGAACGUUUUGAUCUGCAUUUGGCCAAACGUGCUCUUGGCUCGGCUCUUCUAGCCUUUUUGCGAUUUAGUCGAGUCCGCUGUGCGCGCGCAAAGCAGUUUGCAAAGGGGUGCAUUCGCACGUCGCUUGUUUGUAGCGAAGGGCGAUGAAGAGAUGACGGUGGUGGAGGAAGAAGAACAGGCCGCCGCGCGAUGGUCCCUCGAUUCGGCUCACGAGGAAGAUGCGCUGAGGGGGUCAAACUCGAAUAGAGCGCGCAAUCCCGAGCAGCAGGCACGAAGGCACGACAGAAGCUACAGGGUCAGCUUUGCUCCUUCCGAACGCGAAAUCGAAGCUGAGCGCGCUGUGGCGCUAGAAGAAGCCGGCCUGUUGGAGGUGGCCCGCAGAAGACGGAGGAGAUCAUACAUUGCGGUGUACCUGUCCAUCUUCAGCGUCAGCUACGUCACCUCUUUGGACGCCAACACCGGCUUCCUCUAUCUCAACUUGGCCUGCUCCGAAUUCGAUGCCUUGGCCUCUUUUUCCACCAUCGCCAUCGCUCAGCAGCUGUGCUACGCCAUUGCAAAGCCGCCAAUCGCGAAGCUCAGCGAUGUUUGGGGCAGAGCGGAAGCUUAUAUGCUAUCGCUGCUUCUAUAUAUGCUGGGUAUCGGACUCAUUUCAACAGCUCACUCGCUCGAAAAGCUUCUCGCGGGCAUCGUUCUCCAGGCGUGCGGUAAUACCGGCGUGCAGGUUCUGCAAAGCAUCAUCAUUGCGGAUACAACCACCGCUCAGUGGAGAGGGCUCGCCAUCGGUAUCGUGAACACUCCUUACCUCAUCAACUUCGCCAUCGGUGGUCCGCUGGUACGCGCCGUGCUGGACAACAACCUGGGCUGGCGAGGUGGCUACGCUCUUUGGCUCGUCUUCCUCCCUAUAUCUGCAGCACCUCUUCUGAUCACAUUGAUUGUCGGUCAAAGAAGAGCAAAGAAAGCUGGCAUUCUUGUUCGCGAUCCCAUCUUUCGCAAUGGCUUCUUCAAGGCGCUCAAGCGCCUUGCUGUGGAUAUCGAUGCGCUCGGCCUGUUGCUUUUCAGUGCCGGUCUUGCGCUCUGCCUUGUUCCCUUGACUCUGGCGGGCAGAGGCACUCGAAGAUCAGAUGCACCGGCGUGCGCUUUGGCUGGCCUUGGACUUCUUAUUGCCUUUGCAUAUCAACAGACGCGCGCCCAAGUACCCAUGAUACCGUACAGAAUAUUGCGCAACACGACAGUGGUCAGCAUAUGCAUGAUCGCUGUUGUGGACUUUGCGAGCUUCUACCUCAGCUGGACAUUUGUUUCGGCGUUCGUACAGGUUGCCAAGGGCUGGGACCAAGCAAAGACAGGCUACUUCGCUACAACGCAAAACGUCACAUCAACAGUGGUCGGCAUAUUUGUUGGCUGGCUCAUGGCCAAGACGCGUCGCUUCAAGACGAUCCUAGUCACCGGCGUCUUGGUCCGCCUGUUGGGCGUUGCGAUGAUGGUCCGAUACCGCAACGCGGACACGCCAUCGUUCAUCCUCGUGCUCUCGCAAUUAGCCCAAGGAGCGGGUGGGGGUCAGAUUGCCAUCACGAUGCAAGUUGCCGUUCAGACCGCAGUGAGACACGCGGACGUGGCUCUAUCCACUGCGCUGGAGCUAUUGUUCGCCGAGGUCGGCGCGGCAAUGGGCAGUGCACUUGCUGGACUCGUCUUCUCCAGAGACCUUCCUCCUGCACUCGCUCGAUCCCUGCCUGAAAUGCCAGAGGCAGAGCGUCGAAGGAUAUACGGCAGCCUGAGCGUCGCGCUCUCGUACCCCCUCGGCACUCACGAGCGUACAGGUAUCACCCUCGCUUGGACGUCGGUGAUGCGGACCCUGUGUAUUCUGGCAGCUGUGGUUCUGCUUCCAGCCAUCGUCUUCAGCCUGCUUUUGCCCAAUGGUCAGCUUGCGGACGCCAAUCAUCCUGAAGACGAAGCUGGCGUUGUAGGCGUCGCGAGAAGAAGAUCGAGUGUCAGGUCAAGGAGAGCCUUGCGUAGGCAGAGCGUGAAUGAGGCAAGCAGCCUCUCACGCUCCAACACGGAUCGAUCAGGCCGAGAAAGACCGCACACCAUUGGCAGCUCUGGGGACCUUGCCAUAGGCUCCUUGGAUGGACUGAGUGCACCUCACGUCUCGAGUCUCGAAACACGAUCAUGAGAAAACACGGUGCAAUCUCAACGAAUGAUAUCCGCUAUCGCACCUGAAAGACCGUUGCCCUGUGUGUG